CAUCGCAGAGAUAACAUCUUAUAAUACAAUUUACAAGACUAUCCAGACAUCAUGCUCUUUGCAAUCGUUUCAUUUCUGGGUGUUACAAGCACUUUGGCGGCAGUCUUAGACCCCAUAAACUACUACCAGUACACCCAGUACCAGGCUCCAAUUUCCUGGGAAGAUAUAACAGCAAAGGGUCUGAAGCAAGCUCUUGACAGUUGCCAGCAGAGUUUCCAAUGGCAGCGGUGGAAUUGCCCUAGCCAGGAUUUUGUCCAGAGGAACUCAAAGCCGGAGUUGUCUUCCCCAAAUCGAGAGGAUGUCUAUGUGUCUGCCAUUUCCAUGGCAGCAAUAGUACAUACCUUGACAAAGGAUUGUGCCAAUGGCAUCAUCGCAGGGUGUGGAUGCACUGAUAAUGCCCUAAACGUUCCCUGUGCUCAUGAGCCAGCAAAGGCGUUGGAACAGUACGAGAAGCAUUUUGGAUCAGGAUCAGAAGCCACGGGUCACAAUCGGCGGGUUGUAGGAGCUCUUCUAGAAAAAUCACUAGAGCAGGAGUGCCGAUGCAAGCAACCAGGACCUGUGCAUGGAAAAUGCCAAGAGGAGGAGUGCGUGGCUGUCCUAAAGCCAUUCGAAAUCAUUGCCCAGGAUCUUCUGCAAAUGUACGACGAUGCCAUUCAACUAGAUAGUGGCAGUAGCAAUCUGAAGAUAAUGUGGCAAAACAUCCCAUUGGACUCCCUGGUUUUCAUGCAGGAUUCACCGAACUACUGUGAGCCCAAUGCUAGUGGACUGUGGAAGGGAACUCGUGGUCGCCAGUGUUCCAAAGAUGGCAGUGGAUCUCUAGAGGAACGCCUCUCCUGCCAGCAAUUGUGCCGUGUGUGUGGAUAUCGUGUGAGAUCCCAGCAUGUGCGAUCCGAGAGGAGGUGCAACUGCAAACUGGUCUGGGGAUUCCGACUCCAGUGCGAUGUGUGCGUCCAGCUGGAAAAGCAGUACUCCUGCUACUAAAGGGAUGUUACGCAGAUAUUGGGGCGCUGGUCGAGCCCCAAGACUAAACUUUAUUAAAUACUUAAGUUAAUUUAUUUGUUUCCACCGCUAAUUUAUUGCCACA